UCAUCAUUCCACAAAUUCACAACAUUCCUCGAAAACUUUUCUAUAUAAAAAAAAAAAAUUCCUACAUUUUUAUUACCAAUAGUGUACAAAAUGCAGUACCAAGAACAAAAUUCAUCCUGGGGAAAUCACCAAAACACAAGGGCGAGGCGAAUGUCAUCGUCUACCAACUCGUUGGAGAGGGUGGUGAAGCUGGCAUCCGUAAGUGCGGUGGUGAUAUUCAGCUCGAGCAGUUGUUGCAUGUGCCAUGCAGUGAAGAGGCUGUUCAGUGAGCUCGGUGUGAGUCCAACGGUGUACGAGCUGGACCAAGAACCUAACGGUAAAGGGAUGGACCGGGCGCUCUCCAAGCUUCUCGGCAACUCACCAGCCGUUCCAGUCGUCUUCAUUGGUGGACAACUGAUCGGAUCAAUGGAUAGAGUUAUGGCUUCUCAUAUUAAUGGCACUCUUGUCCCUCUUCUCAAAGAAGCUGGGGCUCUUUGGCUUUAAUUCCCAUAUGAUGAAAGAAUUCGAUAGGAAGGUAAGGCAUGUGAAGCUCUAGCCUUAGGUCCACCAAUAUUAAAGCCUCCCAAAACAUUUUAAUAUUAAAUGUAAUGUAGUACUAUAAUUUAUGUAAUUACUGUAUUAGACUUCAAAUGUUAAUCUUUUAUCUUUGAUUUGUUAAAUGCUAUGGUUGAGUGAGUAACUAGUGAGAAUUUUUUUCUAUGUGUAGUCCUUUUUUUUUUUCUUUUUAUAUGUUUACGGCUAUUUUAUUUUCUAAAUCAACCCAAUUUCUCUGAAUUAGCUGUUUUUUCUCAUGUUUUAUUGAUCCAUACUUCGGAAAGCAAUUUUUUUUUUGUGUCUCGUCUUCUAACUAAGAAAUCCUCCAAGCAUAUUACAAGGCUUGGAACUCACUAGAUAGUGUGCUCACCCAACCCCUCUACUCUUUCCACUUUAUCAAAUUUAUAUUUUUCUUUGGGGGAAUUCAAUAUCGUGAAGUAUGCCUAACCCACACAUCUGACAUUGCAUUCUCACCACUAGAUCAA